CACAACUACAACCUCUGCCCUGUAGCCUGCGAAUCUUAUCAUACCUCGAAGAAGAGAAAUUGUUUCUCUUUGCGGAAGUAAUCAGAGUCUUAAUAAAAAAGAAGAAAAAAAACAAGCGAAUCAGCAGGACAAGUGGAUUAAGGACAAGGAAAUAGGUACUCGAACACAGAUGUCAUUAAUAGACACACAACCACAAUAUGAUACUGAAGGUGGGGACAUUAACGGUCCCCAAGGCAGAGCACAUGUGAAGUAUCUUCCUAAUGGGAAGGUGAUGAAAGUGCAGAAGACGCGGCAAAGGAAAAUCUUGAGUUGUAUUUAUUGUCAUUCAAAGAAGAUCAAAUGCUCUAGAGUCCAGCCUAUCUGUAAUAACUGUUCUAAGCUUGGCAUCGAGUGCAAGUAUUUUGUCAACGAGAGAGUCUCUCGAGGCGGUAAGAAAGGGGCGGGACAACCAGGCGACGCCACUGGACUUCGUCAUGGAUCUGUUAGUUCCUCGGUUGAUUCGGCUACUUCGCCACCCCUUUCACCGGAAUCAAAGGAAUCCACCGAUACUCCAGAGGAGGAAAGAAUGGUAUCAGAUCAGUCGGCUCCCAUCGAACAAAUCAAAUCUGAACUGGGAUCCAACGCAUUGGAUAAUUCCCAAUUUGUCACGAUUCAAUCUGAUUUUUUCCAUCAAACAAUCACAAACCCACCUAGCAUGACCAAUUUGGUGGCUCAUAUGGGCCCAAAGCAACAAGUUCCAACCUUGAACUCUAUUAGCAAUAUCACCAAUAACUUUUUCAAUAAUAGUUUCCAUCCAGAAGAACCUUUUUCCUUGGGGUUAUCAUCAUUUGUUGAUUCUGGCAAUAAUGGUAAUGUCCAGCAAUCCAAUCAAAACAUAAAUAGCUCAAAUGGUAAGAUUCCAAGACAAGAAACUUCUGGUAAUCCAGUAUUCCUUUCAAACGGAGGGAAUAUCGCAUCAAAUUUAUUUUCUUCAUUCAUAGAUAAUUCUGCAAAGAAGAAACGCACAGUGCCACCACCACCACCACCACCACCCCCUCCUGCAGCAACAACAACAACAGCAGCAACAACACCCCCAGUGGCAAAUCCACCGCGCGACCAGUCGAUGUCAGUCUCCACCAACCCCGGUCUUCACAACUCAUUGAACGCAUAUCCUUCAAACCCAGAGACCACCAUUAAUUACCUUUAUGGGACAAACACCAAUUAUAACAAUGAACUGCUUCUUGUGGAAUUACUGAAACAUCUCCCACGUACAAAGGAACGCUCCUUUGAACUUAUCGAUAGGUAUGUGAACUCGGUUCAUAUUCUUCUCCCAUUGAUGAGUAACUUGGACACCUUCUUGAUCGAACACAAUGCAUUUUGGAACAGAAGAUCAAAGGAUAAUCAUUCUCCGGAUAAUAUGUCGGAAUCUUCUUCUGGACUGUCUGGACAGUCCAGUCUCGGGGGUUCAUAUGAUGGAGAUCUUCAAUUCUAUACUCUUUAUUUCCCCAUCUUAUAUGCUUCCACCAUUUCAGAAUUUGAAGAGUAUGAUAACCUCCUCUUGAACGAAGAUAUCAACCUGUACCUUAAGGCAUUCAACAAAAUAUGCCAAUACUAUAAUUAUCCUCAUGGUUUGAAAACUAUUCCACUUCUUUUGGGGAAUGUUAUAAUUCAAUCUACCCUGCCAAACCCAUCAACAAUGGAAAUGUCUCAAAUUAUUCGAUAUGCCAAAUUCCUUCAUAUGCACAAGGAUCCAACUUUAACCUUGAGAAUUACCGAUUGGAAAGUUGUGAAAUUUAGAAGAAUGUUAUGGUGGGUGAUAUUUGGAUUGGACAGUUUGACAAGUCACAAUUUUUGUUUACCACCAGUUUGUAAAUUUGAUGAUUUCAACGUAUUGAUGCCGUUGGAAGAAGAACCAAUUAAUGAUGAUCCACGGUGUAUUGAUACAAAGCUCAAUGUUGGGAUUCUUCUGUUAAAUGUUAAGUUUAAAUAUGAUCGGAUCUUGAGUGAGUUGGUGUACCGGUUACAUGGACUCACGUCAGAUAUCACGUCGGAAGAUACUGAAUUGAUCAAGGGAAUGAUUGUGGAAUUAUUUGAAUAUAUCCAUGAAGGAAUGGCUAAAAUUGAUAAUUAUUACCGAGUUAAUCCCCCUUCUAGCAUGCAAGAAUUGAAUUUAAUCAAUUUUAUUAAGAACCAUAGUUGGAGUUAUGUUGAUAGAGCAUUAAUGUUGUUACAUAAGAAGAUUUUAUUGGGCAGUGGUGGAAAUGAAGAUAAGGGAGCCAAGUCUCAUACGUCUUCUUCAGGUACUGGCAAUGAUACAGUGAAGAAAGAACAAAUGGAUAGUAUGAUUAGUAGGAAAGUACACUCAGACCUUUCACUUUCACAAUAUGAAGAUACGUUUGGACUUGUUCAAGAGGCAAAUAUAAUUGCCAAUUUUGAUCGGGCAACCUUAUCACAACUCAAAUUCAGUCAAUUUGAUGAUUUCACUUAUGAAAAUUUGCAUAAUAAUCUUAUCCCAUCAAUUCUUCAUAAUUUGAAUGAUUUCCUCAAGUAUAAUGAUUUUAUCAAGUUUGGGAAAUAUAAUUGGUACGUCAAGAGGACCAUCCCACUUGAUUCUAUUAUCCUCAUGUUCAUUGUGAUUACUGUCAAGUUCAAAUACGAAUUCAUGACCGCCAGUGAGCUUGCAAUUUAUGUUAAACUUAUAAACAAGGCACUUUUCAUAUUAAACCGUAAAUGGUUUAAAAAUGAAAAAUAUAAAAGAAUGCUUCUGCUAGCAAACCUGACAUGGGAAUUUAUGUUGAAAAAAUAUAAUAUUAUCAAUAUUAUCAACCAACAUAAUACUUUGGAGAAUAGUAAUGGUCGUGUUGAAUUUUUCGAUUAUCAGGUAUCUGGAUAUUUAAAUAUGAAUGAAUUAUUUAAUGUUAUGGAAGUGCCACAACCUCUGCUUAGGGGAAAAUCAACCAAACAAUUACAGAAUCAUAUGGAUUCCCGGAUUGAGAAAUCUGAAUUGUCGGGAUUCUUCAAUAAUUCGCUCAUUCCUACAAAACUCUAUGGUAUGAACCAUGUUCGAGAAUCAGAACUCAUGCAAAUGAAGGAAAAGAUUUAUUAUGAUCUUCGUAACAAUUUUGUUGAUAUCAAUGACUAUUGUGCAUUCUAUUCAUCAUUAGAAAAUAUUAUUCGAGAACUUAUGGAUUAUAUUAAUAAGCCAUAA